AUGGAAAAGUUAAACGGCACAUGCAUCAAGGAAUCGAACAUCGGUGUCAUGCCUACCACUCCACCGGCCGAUAAACUGCGCCACCGUUGCACAGUUACGGCUUUGUUUGGCUCGGUGAUCCGUUCGUUGCUGUGGUAUAAUACAGGAGAGCGAAUUCAAAAACAGGUUGUAAAUUUGCUAGGAAAAGACUUGCAGAAGGAGCAGAAGUUGCAACUCAUGGCUGCUUGGCAAAACCUAGCGCAAAAUAUGGCUACAACUGCGCUGUACUUCAUCUUCGAACCGAUGCCGAGGAGAAUUGAAGAAACCUGUUGCGAUCAGGACGACUGUCUCGGAUUAUGGGGCGAUCGACAUAACUAUGCCCCAUUGCUCGAAUGA